CGGCGGAGCCCCAGCGCCCAGGCCCUGCGCCCUGUAGACUGGGGCCUGACCCGCCGCUUUUUCUCAGCCCUCGCCGAUCCCACGCCAGGAACCUCGGAAGCCCGGACGGUGGAGGAGGUCACGGCCGCCCCCGGGAAGAUGUACCAGAGCCUGGCGCUGGCCCCGAGCCCCGGCCAGGCCGCGUACGCAGACUCGGGCGCCUUUCUGCACGCACCGGGCGCCGCCUCCCCGGUGUUCGUGCCGCCGGCGCGCGUCCCCUCCAUGCUGCCCUACCUGCCGCCGUGCGAGCCGGGCCCCCAGCCCUCCGCGCUCGCAGCGCACCCCAGCUGGGCGCAGGCGGCCUCGGCGGACUCCUCCGCUUUCAGCUCCGGCAGCCCGCACCCACCGGCCUCCCAGCCGGCCGGGGCCGCCGGCUUCUCCUUCCCGCACAGCGCCCCGGGGCCCGGCGGUGGCGGCGCGGGGCAGGGCGCGCUGCUGGCUCGGGAUCAGUACCCCAGCCCGCUCGGGCGGCCUGCAGGCGCCGCGUACCCCACCGCCUACCCGGCCUAUGUGAGCGCCGAGGUGGCCCCGCCCUGGGCCUCCGGACCCUUCGAGGGCAGCCUGCUGCACAGCCUUCAGAGCCGUCCCGCUGGCUUCCCUGGCCGCAGAGCCACCUUGGCGCCCGACUUCCUGGAGGAGUUCCCCGGCGAGGGGCGCGAGUGCGUCAACUGCGGGGCCCUGUCCACGCCGCUGUGGCGCCGAGACGGCACUGGCCACUACCUGUGCAACGCCUGCGGCCUCUACCACAAGAUGAACGGCGUCAACCGGCCGCUCGUGCGGCCCCAGAAGCGCCUGUCCUCCACCCGCCGUGCCGGCCUCUGCUGCACCAACUGCCGCACGACCAACACCACGCUGUGGCGGCGCAACGCGGACGGCGAGCCAGUGUGCAACGCCUGCGGGCUGUACACGAAGCUGCACGGGGUGCCGCGGCCCCUGGCGAUGAAGAAGGAGAGCAUCCAGACGCGGAAACGGAAGCCCAAGAGCAUGGCCAAGGCCAAGGGCGCCUCAGGGUCCACUGGGAACAGCUCGGCCUCCCGGCCGCCCUCUGUCCCCAACCCUGAGGAUGCAGCCGCCGCUUUGAAACCGGAGCCCAGCCUGGCGUCCCCUACCUGCCCUGCGCCCAGUGUCACCUCCCAGGCCUCCAGCCAGACGGAGGAGCCCCUGGCCCCCAGCCACUUGGAGUUCAAGUUCGAGCCUGAGGACUUCGCCUUCCCCUCUGCGGCCCUGGGCCCCCAGGCUGGCCUCGGGGGAGCCCUGCGCCAGGAGCCCUGGUGUGCACUGGCCUUGGCCUAGACCCCAGUCACCCGCCAGACCCGCCUCGUUGCCUGUGUCGCUCCAGCCCAGGAGACAGCCCACCGGGCCCACCCGCCGGGAGGGACAGGAGCCGGCAGGACAUCCAGGCGCUGAGCUGCCCUCGGCACGUGGUGGGGAGGCCCGUCCAGGUGGCCGUCAGGCCCCAGGCAGGAGGAAAGCAUGGGGACAGAGACUGGAGCCCCAACACACACAGCAGGGGACCCCCAAGUGCUGCAGGAGGCUCGGCACCACACUGACGGGGGCGCCCAUGGCCUCCCUGGCCUCCAUGGUCCACGCCCGCCACCGUCACCUGAGCAGGGGGCAGCCAUCGGAAUGACCCCCUGGCUGUCGCACACCCAGCGUCAGGCGUGGAGCGGCCAGGGCCAGGCCACACCAGGGACACCCCGGGCCUCAGGGUCUGUCCUUCCUUCGGGCUUCACCCCCAGGACAGGCGUGCCCGCCCUGCACCGUGGGGGACCCCACGCCGAGGGGAAGCCCUUCCCGUAAGGCCAUCACACACUAGUGUGCCUGGACGGUGUUCCCAGAGGGACAGUGAAGGGCCUUGGUCUGGCCGGGUCGGUGCACAUGAGCCGCUGUGACGGGCAGACCGAGGUCCCUGAGCCCCGAGGGCCCCGUCCCCGGCUGGUCUGAGGUCCCAGCAGAAUUGCUCACCGCCCCCCUUGCUCCUCCCGAGGCCCCUCCCAGGGUCGGGUGACAAAGAGGCUGGUCCUGCCGGCCGGACGGCACCCUGCCUGAGGGAGCUGGUGCGGGCUGCUCACAGCCUGCUGUCGGGGCAGCGAGAGGGAGUGGUGGGGAGUGGGGCGCACGCUCCCCAAGGCCACUGUCACGUGGACGUGGACUCUGCCUUUGCCCAACGACCUCCUGGUUUUCCCGGGGAAAGCGGAAACUGCAAGUUUUAUUUUUAAUGUAAAGCCUUCCAAUCGAAAGUUUUUUUUC